UCCCCAAAUCCCCCCCCCCCUCUCUCUCUCUCUCUCUCUCUCUCUCUCUUCCUCUCUAAGCUUCAUUAUUCGAGAAAGUAUCUGCAUUUUCCCGGAAACUAUAACUCCCCCUCGGAAAAUUUUAAAGGUUUAUAAAAUUUCUUAGGGAAAAUAAAAAAAUGGCUGUGGAUCUUUUCUCUGAAAACUCCAGCAUCAGUCCGAGAAUCUCGUUUUCUCGUGAUUUCUGCAAUUCCGACACCAUACCAAUCGAGCAACGUCCACUGCGAUCUCCGUCGUCGAAACCGUCGAGUCAUAAUUCCAGCGUCGACUUCGACUUUUGCAUCCCCGGAAGAGUCGCCACCGGCGAGAGCUUCGACCAAGCUUCUUGGUCCGCCGACGAAAUCUUCUGCGACGGCAAGAUCCUCCCCACCGAGAUCAAGAAGAGACCCGAACCCAGACUCAAACCCGCGAAACCCGAUCCGGGUCGACCCAGAAACCGGGAUACUCAACCGGGUCGACCCGAAACCCGGAGUUCUCGGCCGGGUCGGGCUGCGAAAUCGGAGAAACAAGGGCAGCUUGUUGUGACCGGAGAUAACGAUGAUGGUGACGUCAGUAUUCCGGCGGAGGAGAAGCACAGUACGAGGUCGUUUUGGGGGUUCAAGCGAAGCAGCAGCUUGAACACUGGAAGUGGAUAUGGUCGGAGUUUAUGUCCGAUAGCGUUGCUCUCACGGAGCAACUCCACCGGAUCGACGUCGACGAGCGUUAACGGCGUCAACAAACAGAAACAGAGCGCGAGGAAACAAGCAGAGAACGCGAAGUUUCUGUUUUCUGCUGCUUCUUCUUCUUCUUCGAGUAGUAGUAGCGGUAGUCACAACGGUUCUCAGAAGCCGCCACUGAAGAAGAGCUAUGGGGGUUACAGUUACAGCUACAAUGGCGGAGUUGGAGGUUCAGGGAUUAGGGUAAAUCCGGUUCUGAAUGUUGUACCGUCUGGGAAUCUGUUUGGUCUGGGUUCGAUUUUUACAGGGAGUGGAAGAGACAAGAACAGGAAGAGAUAAUGGUUUUGAUUUCGUAAGAAGAGAUCUUUUCUGGGAUUCUGUGGUUUAUGCUUCCUCUUUGUUCUUCUCUCUGCAAGCUCUGCAGAUUUUCUGACACUGUGUUCGUGAUUGUGGGCCCCUCUCUACGGAGUUCUUAGAAUCUUAUUGUCGUGUAAUUGAUUUGAUUUAAUUUGAUUUUUAGAAUUUUCCUAAGUA